CAAUAAUGUAGAAAGGUGGGAUCAGUGUGACAUGUUCAUCUAAACCUGAUCUAAAGAUUCUCAAGGAGUGUAUAGAACAAGCCACAGAUUCGCCCUUUUGCUUUGAUAAUGAGCACAAUGCCCCCAAAGCAAACCAAAACCCCAAACGAAUCUGUCCAAGAGAUGGGGAAAGAAGUGACAAAAGAAUCCAUUCGCAAGUCCGUGUGGAAUUAUUUGGAAGACAAUGAUUUGGUUCAGUUCCCUCGCCCAGUCCAUCACAGGAUUCCAAACUUUGUGGGAGCUGCCACUGCUUCUGAGAAGCUGACAGAACUGGAUGUGUUCAAGAGAGCCCAGACUGUUAAAAUCAACCCAGAUAAACCACAGGAAAAUGCUAGAUUUCUUACUAUGGAGGCUGAGAAGACUCUUUUGGUACCAACACCUCGAUUACGCCAUGGUCUGUUUAACAAACUGUUGCCUCCACAGGGAUGUGGAAAGGAGAUUCUCCGCUACUGCUCUACUUCUCAGGGAUUGAAGGAAUACAGUGUCCCCAUUGGCUUGGAGGCCAAGGUCAAAGUUGAUUUGGUUGUUAUUGGAUCAGUUGCUGUUUCCAAAGAAGGAUACAGAAUUGGUAAAGGGGAGGGCUAUGCUGACCUUGAGUAUGCCAUGAUGUGUGCUAUGGGAGCUGUGACCCCGGACACCAUUGUUGUGACCACUGUUCACGAUACCCAGAUUGUUGACAUUCCCGAGGAGCUGAUGGAGGAUCAUGAUGUACUGGUGGACUAUAUCAUCACAGACACCCAGGUCAUUAAGUGCAACCGCACUAAGCCUAAACCCACUGGCAUCAUUUGGUCCAGGCUGACUCCAGAAAAGGUCCGCCAGGUUCCUAUUUUGAAACAUCUUAGAGAAAAAGAAAAGGAGGCAGGAAAAGACGUAACCUUGAAAGAUGGGCGGGAAGAGGAGGACAUACCAGAAAGGGAAGACAGGAGACGCAUGGACUCGGACUAUGGAAGGAUGAGGUUCCGUGGAAGAGGAGGCAGAUUCAGAAGGUUCCGUGGUGGACGUAGAGGAGGGGGACCCUACAGAGAGAGGAGGGACACCGAGGAAGACCGUGGAGAGUAUGCUGAAAAUGGGGAGGAACCUGGAGAUGACAAAUCUCGUCAAAGAUUCAGAAGGAACCGUCGUUUCCGUAGACGUAGAGGACCUCGCCGUCAAGAUGAUGGAGACAAUAAUGAAGAAUCACAUGAUGAUGAGCACGAAGAGGGUGAAAGCGAGGGGGAGGGUCGUCGUGGACAACCCAGACGACGAAACAUGCGACGUCGCCGCCCACGAAGACGUGACGAGUCAGAGAACACCGGAGAUGAUGAGGAGCAUGAAGAUUACCGCCCAAGACGACGCAGAGGACCCAGGACUCGCGCCCCCAUCCCGACACUGUUUGUAGGAAGUAUCCAGAGAUCAGUGCGAGUCAGCGAGCUGAAGGGAGAAAUUCGCGGUAAGGAUGUCAACCCUAUCCGAGUUAUCUGGAAUGGAGCUAAGGGUUAUUCCUUGCUCCAGUUCCAGGAAAUGCAGGAGAUGGAAGCUGCUCUGGAUGCCCUGCAGAAUCUGGAAAUCCGUGGCAGAAAGCUUAGGGUGGAGAAAUCUAACCGGCUGAAGCACGACGACUCCGAUAAUGCACAUGAUGGGGUAGUGGAUGAGAAAGCAGAUGAUUAAGUAUUGAGGUUAUCAUGUAGAACUGGUAAUGGAAAUGUUUUGUUGCUUCUUUCGAGUUGAGAACAGUGAAGGAUUGUUUUUUCUUCCAUUUUAUUCUUCAAUUCUUUAUUUUCAAAUUUUGUAUUCUUUUCAUCUAUUUUUCAUUUAUUGUUAUUUUGCAAAAUUGGGAAUGUAAUUUGUUUAAAAAUGCAUAACUUCUCAAUUUUUACCAUUUAAUAUUUGACUUUUUAAAUUGUAGGAAAUCUACUGAAUAAAUUUAAUUUGUUAAUUUGUAUUUGUAAAAUCAUCAGCUUGUUAUUCAUUACAUGAGAUUAAUUGUAGGGUUUAUCAAUUAUUACACUGUGUCUCAACAUUUUACACAUUGUUAUCAUCAAAAUUGUUAAAAUAGAGCAAUAAUUUUACCUGUUUUCAUGUCCUUACUGACCUUUCCUUUGGCAUAACAGUUACUUCCUCACUUUUCACGUCUUUAGUUAUUGUUUUCUAUGUUUUCUGUGCUUAAGGUUUGCACUGUUGCCAAAAAAUCCCCAAAUAGCUUUUGAAUCAUUAUGUUCACUGUAUUUUAAAAAUUAUUUUACUUAAGAGUUGUGUUAAGUAUGAUAUGUUUUACAAGUUGUUAGAGUUUGGUAUUUUUUUUCCUUGUUAUAUCAAGUAUAAAGGUACAUUGAAUGAUAAGCCUCAUCCCCCACAAACUUAUAUCGUAUUUAAAUGUAAUUAGUUAUAUUCCAAUUUUUGUAAAAAUAGUUUAAUUUUAAAGUUUUUUAUUGUGUGUAAAUUGGUUGACAUAUAAUAUAGCAAUAUAUAUAUAUUUAAACGGUACCAAUUACAUGUACAGUAAAAGGUUGAGUACUCUAAAUGAGAUAGGAUUUUGUAGAAGGUCAGUUCACCACAUCAAUGUUUAACACCAUGUCCUUAUCCUCUGUGUGUAGGAGUCUGCAGACUCUCAGUGCUUUUUUCAUGCAAUAUACAGCGUAAGAAAGGCUUUAUUGAUGAUAUUUUUUCAGUUGUCACAAUCAGAUAGAUGUUAAUAUACUGAGAAUUAAAAAAAAUUGUAAAAUGAAUAAA